AGUCCAAUGAGCGAUCGUUAAGGGAGGGCCAGGCCCAUGGCUAGUUAACCUGCAGUGAAGGAGGCGGGAUUUCUACGCACCAGGAAGCAGCAAUGCCUGACAGUCUCAGCUCAGGACAGCAAACUCCCAAUCCGCGGGAGAAGCUCUCCACGUCCUCCGGAGUGUUCAAACGUCACUUUCACAAGUUGCCACGAAUACACAGCGGCAUGAUGUGGAGGUUAGUAAGCUGUGCACUGUGCCUCUUUGUCUCUUUACAGCUCAGUUUAUGGUCUGUUUGGGCGACAGCAGAGGAGCUGGACGGCGAGGUCAAGAUUGAAGUUUUGUUCAAACCCGAGGCGUGCACUCCAAAGAGCAAAAGAGGAGAUCUGAUGAACGCUCACUACGAUGGGUUCCUCGCCAAAGAUGGUUCUCAGUUCUACUGCAGUCGUUCAGACAAAGCUGGGCACCCUCAGUGGUUUGUGCUGGGUGUCGGACAAGUCAUCAAGGGCCUUGAUAUAGGGAUGGAAGAUAUGUGUCCUGGAGAGAAACGAAAAAUAACUGUUCCAUCUGCCCUGGCCUUUGGAGUUAAAGGCAAAGGUCCGGUGCCGCCCAAUGCUACGGUGGUCUUUGAGGUGGAGGUCUACUCUGUGUCCAGGGGACCACGGAGCAUGCAGGCUUUCAGAGACAUAGACCUUGAUAAAGACAGAAGUCUCACAAAGGCUGAGGUAAAGGAAUACUUGAAACUGGAGUAUGAAAAAAGUGGGAAUCCACGCGAUGACCCUUUCUAUGAGAAGAUUAUGGCUGACGUAUUCCGCAAGAGUGACCACGACAGAGACGGACUGAUCAGUGUGAAGGAGUAUAACAUUUAUGAACACGAUGAGCUCUAGUGUUGGAAGUAGUUGAUCUUGUUAAUUAUUUUAGUUUAUGUACUUUGAUCGGUUAGAGAGAAAACAUGAAUAGGUUAUGGAAAAAUCCAUCCUCAGGUGUUCUUACACCUGUGAUUUUCAGUACAUUCUGGGUGUUAUUUUGUGAUGAAACAUUACUUUUCUGGUCUACCCACGUUACUUCAACAUGCCUCAUCACUUCCACUUCAGUUAGUGGUUUCCUGCUUUUCACAGAAUGCCUUUUGAGAACCCCUGCAUGCAUGCUGGCCUGUCGAAGCUACUGUGGAAGUAGAAAAGUGUAUCUCUUCCUCUUCUAUGGUCGGUUUUGCACCAUGUGAUUUUUCAGCAUCAGGUCAAUGGCUUGAAUAUAGAGAGAAGUCCUGGCUCUUUGAGUGACUGACUCCAAAACCUGACAUUUUCAUUGCUAAUCUUUUGGAAAUCUUUUUUGCUAUGAAAAGAUUGAGCAGUGAAUAUCACAAUGAGACACCACGAUGUCCAUGUUUGACCAGCUAUCCACGAGAAUGAUAUGAAAACAUAAAUGGGAUCCAAAAUGCUGGGGAAUCAGCCCCAGCCUUUGUUAAAAAAGUUUUUAAAACCAGUUUUUUCCAAGCCAGCAAACUAGCCUCUAAAUUUUAGUACAAAGUAUUAAACUAUGCAAGUAAGAACAUCUCCAACACCUGUGAAAACUUUGACUUUUGUGCAAAUACCACUACAUUUUAGCAUUUGAAAUGUUUUAUUUGUGUUUUGGUGAAUAUUGAUUCAAUGUGCAGCACAAAGAAGAAACCACAGGAUUGCACAAUGCUGUGGAAUCAGUGGCUUUGAAGCUGAAACAUGACUGUCGUGUGAGAGUUGAGAAGGCGGUUUAACCAGACACGAGAAAAAGGAGCUUAUACUGUCCCACCUUCCUGUGAAUUUCCUGACCCUCUAAUCUGCAACAUCACACCCGCGUACAGAUCCACAGAUACAGGUGCAUAUAUUGAAAAGGUGACUGCAAAGACUAAUCUUUUCUUCCACACGCAUUCCAAUUUAAACUAAAGAAAUGAGAUGUGGCUGUGUUGGAGAAGUUUGAAUAUAAUUGAUGAUAAAAUGUGCAUGGAUGUGUGUUGUGGUUUGUCAGACAUGUUUACAAGUUUUGUGUACAUCUUUAUGUGGUCAAACUCAUGAUUAUCAUUGUAUCCAGCUGAACAACUGUAGUAUUUAGUAACAAUAAAUAAAUCAGUGUAUGUGGAAAACUA